GAGAGAAGCUUUGCUAGGCGCGAGCACCACGCGCUCGCUCGGCCCCUUUCGGGGCGCGCACUCGCCUCGCCGGUUGUUGACCCGACACGCACGCACUCUGUCGCGCGCGCGCGCAAGAAGGGUGGGUGAGGAGGAGGAGGAGGAGGUGAGUGGCGUUUGCGACGAGCUCCUGGUAGAACGGCUGAGCGGUCACGCGCACGGAACGGUGUGUGUCUCGCUGGCUGUAAGAAAAGGCGGGGAGGGAGGCAAGGAAAGGAGACAACCGGGGCGGGGAGGCAGGCGGCCGCGGCGUUCUGUGAGGCGAAGGAGAGACGCUGCCGAGCAGGAAGCGCUGCCACCGAGCCAAGAGCCAGUCAGUGCCUGCCCAAGAGCAAGAGGGCAGAGUCUACGUUGGUGAAAGAGAAAGGUUUUCUACGGCGAGGGGCGGCACCAGCGGACUGACCCCUUUCAACCUCCCCAGUCCCGCGUUUUACAACCCACCAGGAACUCCGCGUAGAAGCCGCGCGGCCCUCCCGGCGUGUGGGUGGCUUCGAGAGCCCUGGAGGGUUACUGAGGAGGAUGUCGGGCGGCAGUGGCGGCAGCCGGGAAGAGGAGCGGCGCAAGCUGGCCGACAUUAUCAACCAUUGGAACGCGAACCGGCUGGACCUGUUCGAGAUCAGCCCCCCCACUGAGGAUUUGGAAUUCCAUGGAGUUAUGAGAUUUUAUUUUCAAGACAAAGCAGCUGGAAAUUUUGCAACUAAAUGUAUCCGUGUGUCUAGCACUGCCACAACACAGGAUGUAAUAGAAACACUUGCAGAGAAAUUCCGUCCAGAUAUGCGAAUGCUAUCAUCACCUAAAUACUCGCUUUAUGAAGUGCAUGUCAGUGGAGAAAGAAGAUUGGAUAUCGAUGAGAAACCUCUUGUUGUGCAGUUAAAUUGGAACAAAGAUGAUAGAGAAGGACGGUUCGUACUCAAGAAUGAAAAUGACGCACUUCCCCCAAAGAAGACUCAAAGCAAUGGCCCUGAGAAACAAGAGAAGGAAGGAGUGAUCCAGAACUUCAAACGAACUCUAUCAAAGAAAGAAAAGAAGGAAAAAAAGAGGCGAGAGAAAGAGGCACUGCGGCAAGCUUUGGAUGAUAGACCAUUUCACGGGGAUGAUAUUGAGAAUUCUCGUCUUGCAGCAGAGGUCUACAAAGAUAUGCCAGAAACCAGUUUCACUCGCACAAUAUCCAAUCCAGAGGUAGUAAUGAAACGACGGAGACAGCAAAAGCUAGAGAAGAGGAUGCAAGAGUUCCGGAGCUCUGAUGGCAGGCCAGAUUCAGGUGGAACACUGCGGAUUUAUGCAGACAGUUUGAAACCAAAUAUACCAUACAAGACAAUCCUGCUGUCCACUACAGAUACUGCAGAUUUUGCAGUUAUUGAAGCUCUGGAGAAGUAUGGUUUGGAAAAGGAAAAUCCCAAGGAUUACUGUAUUGCUCGUGUCAUGCUUCCUCCUGGUGCUCAGCAUUCUGAUGAUAAAGGUGCUAAAGAAUCUAUUCUGGAUGAUGAUGAAUGCCCACUUCAGAUAUUCAGGGAGUGGCCAAGUGACAAAGGCAUAUUAGUCUUUCAGUUGAAAAGGCGGCCACCUGAUUAUGUCCCAAAGAAGUCAAAGAAACAAAUUGAUGCAAAGCCAUUUAAAGGAAAGGAAAGAGUCGACGGGUCUGGUUAUGGCUCUUCCCUUCCUCCAGAGAAACUACCUUAUCUGGUUGAACUAAGUCCAGGGAGAAGGAAUCACUUUGCCUACUACAGCUAUCACACUUAUGAAGAUGGUUCUGAUUCCAGAGAUAAACCAAAGCUCUAUCGUUUGCAGUUAAGUGUGACUGAAGUUGGUACCGAAAAAUUUGAUGAUAAUUCCAUUCAGUUGUUUGGUCCAGGAAUUCAGCCUCAUCAUUGUGACCUUACUAAUAUGGAUGGAGUUGUUACUGUUACUCCAAGAAGCAUGGAUGCGGAGACAUAUGUGGAAGGUCAGCGGAUUUCGGAGACCACUAUGCUGCAAAGUGGUAUGAAGGUUCAAUUUGGAGCCUCUCAUGUAUUUAAGUUUGUGGACCCCAUUCAGGAUCACAUUCCUAAAGGACGCCUAGACACACAACAUAUGGUCAAAGGAUCACGACACAAAGCUGGAUCUGUACAAGAAACAACAUUUGAUUUGGAGGGAGACAUCCAUAGUGGAACAGGAUUACCUGCAAGCAAGAGCACCAACAGAUUGGAUAGUGACAGAAUAUCAACAUCCAGCACAGCUGAACGAGGCAUGGUGAAGCCAAUGAUAAGAAUAGAACAGCAACAGGAGUACCGGAGGCAGGAUGGCAGACCACAGGAUGCACAUGGGCCUGAAUUGAUAUUACCUGCAAGCGUUGAAUUCAGGGAAAGUUCUGAAGAUGCCUUUUUGUCUGCCAUUAUAAAUUACACCAAUAGUUCAACAGUUCAUUUUAAGCUGUCUCCUACUUAUGUGUUGUACAUGACAUGCCGGUAUGUAUUGUCAAGCCAGUACAGACCUGACAUCAGUCCUGCUGAACGUACUCACAAAGUCAUUGCAAUAGUGAACAAAAUGGUGAGCAUGAUGGAAGGAGUUAUACAGGAGGUAGACCAGGUUGAUCAGAAACAGAAGAAUAUUGCAGGGGCACUUGCUUUCUGGAUGGCAAAUGCAUCUGAGCUGCUAAACUUCAUAAAGCAGGACAGAGACCUUAGCCGAAUUACACUAGAUGCACAAGAUGUUUUGGCACACUUAGUUCAAAUGGCAUUCAAAUAUUUGGUUCAUUGUCUUCAGUCAGAGCUUAAUAACUACAUGCCUGCAUUUCUUGAUGAUCCAGAAGAAAAUAAUCCUCAAAGACCUAAAAUAGAUGAUGUCUUGCAUACACUAACUGGAGCCAUGUCCCUGCUGCGACGCUGUAGAGUGAAUGCUGCACUAACUAUCCAGCUCUUCUCCCAGCUCUUUCACUUUAUCAACAUGUGGCUUUUUAACAGACUGGUUACUGAUCCAGAUUCAGGAUUAUGUUCACAUUACUGGGGAGCCAUCAUCCGCCAGCAGCUGGGACAUAUUGAAGCUUGGGCUGAAAAACAGGGCUUGGAGCUAGCUGCUGAUUGUCACCUUAGCAGGAUAGUACAAGCAACUACUUUACUUACUAUGGAUAAGUAUUCACCUGAAGACAUUCCAAGUAUUAACAGUACCUGCUUUAAACUCAAUUCUCUUCAACUGCAUGCAUUGCUACAGAAUUAUCACUGUGCUCCAGAUGAGCCAUUUAUCCCAACAGAGUUAAUAGAAAACGUUGUUGCUGUUGCUGAAAAUACAGCUGAUGAACUGGCUCGUAGUGAUGGCAGGGAAGUACAGUUAGAAGAGGAUCCUGAUCUACAGCUACCUUUUCUUCUGCCAGAAGAUGGCUAUUCAUGUGAUGUGGUCAGAAACAUCCCAAAUGGAUUACAAGAAUUUUUAGAUCCACUUUGCCAAAGAGGAUUUUGCAGGUUAACACCUCAUUCACGCUCACCAGGAACAUGGACGAUUUAUUUUGAAGGUGCAGAUUAUGAAAGCCAUCUAUUACAAGACAAUGCUGACCUGGCUCAACCAUUGAGAAAGGAGCCUGAAAUAAUCACUGUGACACUGAAAAAACAAAAUGGGAUGGGCCUGAGCAUUGUGGCUGCAAAGGGUGCUGGUCAAGAUAAACUUGGAAUCUAUGUGAAGUCUGUAGUAAAAGGUGGUGCUGCAGAUGUGGAUGGGCGGCUGGCUGCUGGGGAUCAGUUGCUUAGUGUGGAUGGACGCAGUUUGGUUGGACUGUCCCAAGAAAGGGCAGCAGAGCUGAUGACAAGAACUGGAUCGGUGGUGACACUAGAAGUGGCAAAACAAGGAGCAAUUUAUCAUGGUCUAGCAACUCUGCUUAACCAGCCAUCACCAAUGAUGCAAAGAGUUUCAGACCGCCGUGGUUCAGGCAAACCCCGACCAAAGAGUGAAGGAUUUGAACUGUAUAACAAUUCUGCUCAGAAUGGAUCACCUGAGAGCCCUCAGCUACCUUGGACAGAAUAUAAUGAACCAAAGAAGUUGCCAGGAGAUGACAGACUAAUGAAGAAUCGAGCAGAUCACCGAUCCAGUCCCAAUGUAGCAAAUCAAUCUCCAAGUCCUGGGACCAAGAAUGCAUAUGCGGCUGGGACAGCUAAUAAGAUAACAUCAGUCUCUACUGGAAAUCUUUGUACAGAGGAACAAAUGCUGCCACCCAGACCUGAAGCAUAUCCUAUCCCAACACAAACUUACACCAGGGAAUAUUUCACAUUCCCAGCCUCCAAGUCCCAAGACAGAAUGGGUCCUGCACAAAGUCAAUGGUCAAGUUAUGAAGAGAAACCGCAAGUUCAAACAGAAAGUAAUCAUUAUAUCAGCACUGCAAUGCAGCGUGUAACUCGUUCUCAAGAAGAACUGCGGGAUGAUAAAGGUUAUCAGCCAGAAAGGAAUCGAUUAGAGGUUAUUAUACGAAAAGAUGUGGAAUACAUUGAUAGGAAAUCUGAUAGUGACCCAUGGAUGAACUCUUCUGUGGAUUCUAGUACAUCAAGCCAGGAGCAUUUGAACCAUUCCUCUAAAUCUCUCCCCCCUGGAUCUUGUUUAACCAAAAGUGGACCUGGCCGUUGGAAAACUCCUGUUGCCUCUCAACCAAUAUCAUUGGCAGCUUCUCAGUCUACUAGAACAGACCUUCCUCCUCCUCCCCCUCCUCCUCCAGUGCACUAUGCAGCUGACUUUGAUGGACUGCAGAUGGAUUUGCCUCUGCCACCACCUCCACCUUCUUCAAGCCAAUUAGGGCCACAGUCAUCAUCCCAAGUUGCUGCUGCAGAGCGAAAAAAGAGAGAGGAGCAUCAGAGAUGGUAUGAGAAAGAAAAGGCACGUUUAGAGGAAGAACGUGAGAGGAAACGUCGGGAACAGGAACGAAAACUUGGACAAGUGCGAGCACAGCCAUUAAUUUCUGCUCAAUCCUUACUUCCUCCAGUGACAGUUCAGCAAGUAAAACCAGAAAAGCCUUCAACACUGCAGAGGUCCCAGGAAACUGUCAUUAGAGAACUACAGCCUCAACAGCAGCCCCGAACAAUUGAGCGAAGAGAUCUGCAGUACAUCACUAUAAGCAAAGAAGAGUUGUCCUCUAGUGAUAGCCUGUCUCCUGACCCUUGGAAAAGAGAUGCUAAGGAGAAACUGGAGAAACAGCAGCAGAUGCACAUUGUGGACAUGCUUAGCAAAGAGAUUCAAGAACUUCAAAACAAGCCAGAUCGUACUGCUGAAGAGAAUGACCGUCUGCGAAAGCUCAUGCUAGAGUGGCAGUUCCAGAAACGACUCCAGGAAUCAAAACAAAAAGAUGAGGAUGAAGAUGAUGAAGAAGAUGAUGAUAUAGACACUAUGUUGAUUAUGCAGCGUCUGGAAGCUGAGAGAAGAGCAAGGCUACAGGAUGAAGAGCGCAGACGGCAGCAGCAGUUGGAAGAGAUGCGAAAACGGGAAGCAGAAGACAGAGCCCGGCAAGAAGAAGAGCGCAGGCGCCAAGAGGAGGAGCGGACAAAGCGAGAGGCAGAACAAAAGAGGCGACAAGAGGAAGAAUAUUACAAUCGCCUGGAGGCUGAAAGGCGGCGUCAGCAUGAUGAAGCAGAACGGAGAUUGCUGGAACCCGAUGAGCCUGGUCUGUACAGACCUCCGCUUCCACGGGAAUAUGAAUUCCCACCCCUGCCCCCUUCAUCUAAUGCUCCUCCUCCCCCACCUCAGCGAAACACUUCUUACCUCAAAACACAGGUCCUCUCCCCUGAUACGAUUUAUACUGCCAAGUUUGUUGCAUACAAUGAUGAUGAGGAGGAGGAUUCCUGUCUAGCAGCAGGAUCAAACUCGUACACUGGAUCUACUGGAGCAAUUGCAGGAUCACAGGAAUCUUGUCUGGACCCAAGAGAUAAAAAAUCAAAAAGUCAAGAUACAGAUUUACCUGGCGCACCAGAAAACUUGACUUUCCGGGAGCGGCAGAGGCUAUUUUCCCAAGGCCAAGAUGUGUCCAACAAAGUAAAGGCUUCUAGGAAAUUAAUGGAACUGGAAAAUGAAUUGAAUACAAAAUAGGGUAAAAUGCACCUUAUCAGAAGUAUCUGAAUAAUCUUGGAGUGACUGGGAAAGGAGCUGUUCAAGAAGAGGAAAGCGUCUCCUGACUAAAUGGGAUGGAAUUCUUCAUCUGGACUGUUUGAAAUUUAGACCUGUUGCAAUAGCAAGAACAUGAAUUCUUUAUCAAGAGCUUGUGGUUUAUACAAUUAAAGCACUGUAAGAUAUAUUUUACUUAUAAAAAUCAAGUAUCAUUAUGUUCUCCCCAUCCUUUCCCUUGUUUGGGGGGAUUAAAUACUUCUGCAAUAGUUCAGGGUAACACUUGUUGAAGAAUAGUUGCUGCCUGGUUUCUUACAGAAACACUUCACUAGCUGCUGAGCAGAGAGAGUGGCUAUAGCUUGAACUGCCUAAACUAUAAUCUGUGCCAGGACUUGUGUAUGCGUAGAUAGUUUGAUACUAAUUCUAUGGGGGUUAUACAUAUUAUAAGCAUAUCAGUGAAAACUAGGGCUGGAAUCAGUGGUUUUCUUGGAUAAACUCUUGCAUAAAACAACUUGAAUACCUUGCAUAUAAAAAGGCUGCAUAAGAGUUUUUAAUCCUCAUAUACAGAAUGGUCCUCCUUUUGGAUAGCCCUUUGAAUAUAAAAUACUUGAUCUAGUUUACUGACAGUCAACUAAUGUGACAAGAGUCACACCUUUGGGUUUUUCAUUUGUUUCUCUUUCAUUCCAACCCUGAACUACUAACUCUUUUUGUUACAUUGGAGAAUUUUAAACCUCUUUGGUAAUAGCUGAAGUCAAGACUGGAAAAAUUGGUGGACUUAUGGUUGUGGUGUUUAUGGGCUACAAAGUUUUAGUACUAUAUAGAAGUUUCAGAAAUAAGCAAUAGGGAUUAAGUUGCUUUUAGUAGCAUACUGUAGCCAAGACAAAAACCAAAGUUAAAUAGUCACAAAAGCAAGGACUAAAAAAAGUCAAUUACCAUUAGCCAGAAUUUUAAACACUACUUCAAGGGGGUUAAAUGGCAUAAAAAUGCUAUGACUGCAAUGAGAAAUGAUAAAAACAAUGUCUUGCCAAUAAGAAUUUCACUGAGGUAGCGUGACAGUAGCAGCACAUCACUAGUCAUUCAUGUUGAGAAAAAUGAUAAUCGAGCUGCCUCUCUGGUUUACUGGUGUUCUCUUCCUUUAUACUGUAGAAAAUAUUGGCAGUUCAAGCUAUUUUUCACACUAUAUUGCAGCAUUAUUUAAUUUUAAAUGGUUGGAAUCUUUUUCUCCCACUGUUCCUUCAGCUAUGCAUAUAUGGCUGAUGAUGUUGAGAAUAAGGACCUCAUCAGAGUUUGUUUCUCAUUGUGUGAUGUUUAAAAUGAAUAUAUUAUAUUGUGAUUCUAAGCAAAUUUUCUAUUUGAUAAAGCCCUUAAUUGGGCUUUAGUUUAAUUUUCUGUAUAAUAUGUUCUCUUAUAAAUAUAUAUUUAGGGACUUAUGCACACUUCCAAAUGCAGAUGGUAGACUUUCACUGCCUUAGAAAUCACUUUUAAUAAGAGUUGUAUGAUAAAUAAAUGCAAGUUAAUGAUAUUAAAUUGGAGUGUAAAUAUUUUUUUUACAUAUUUCAGGUUUCUUAUUUGAAAGUGUGCGUUACCGUUCACCUGUUAAAUAUGAAGUAGAAGAUUAAAUUGGUUGAAAGUGUUAAUGAAGGAUUUGUAUGCUUGCUAUGUGUGUUAAUCAGGAAAAGCAAGCCUCCCAAGAUUUAUCUUGAGAACACUAGAUAUGCUGUGGCUGGAAUACUAUUGCUGCUAGAAGCGAAGCAAAGGAAUAGCACCUAUUAUGGAGUGGAUUUGGCCGCUAUUGGGCAUUCAGGUCAAGUGUGGAUAUGAGUAAAAGUGCUUUUCAUAACUGUGCAUUAUUAUGAAAAAAAAACAUCAAAACUGCUGUAGUUUCCCAUUUCUACUGUAUUUCACUUGCAACCUAUUUUUAAUAAACUUUGUAUUGUAUUUAACUUUGCACUGUA